AUUUCAAGCUGCAAAAUAGCUUAUAAGCUCGUUGAAGCGGUGCCGGCGAGGAGAUAGCCUAUAGACGACCACGGCAAAGAGACGUCCCAUAUGAUGAGUCUGCAGACCGACGGCGAAGUCACUACCAACCAACAACCAAGUGUGGGCGCCGGCAGAGGUGGCGUAUGAGGAGGCGGCCAGCCAGGCGAGGGGGCCACAAGAUACAGGACUCGGAGUGAGGCGUAGGGAAAGGGUGUUAAAAGAGGAGGUUUCGAUCAGAAGUUCGUUUGAGGGCUUCCUGAGGGCAUCAUGGCGCAGACAGCCCGAGCCUUGUCCAAUGUUACCGCAGGCCUCUCCAGCCUUUCGCUGGACACAACCAGGAACGCUGCUACCGUCAAGUCGUUUUGCGGUCUGAGGGCGACCCCUGUGGCCUUCCAGAGGUUUGGUGCCAGCGGGUUGAAGCAGAGCAGACAGGUUGCUGCCCCCACCCGCAGGCCGUUUGGGAUUCGGGCUGCUCGUGUUGCUGGAGUUGAGAUUCCGAAUAACAAGCGCAUCGAGUGUGCGCUGACCUACAUCUACGGAGUCGGUGACACGACCGCCAAGGUCAUUCUGAAUGAUACGGGGAUUCUGAACAAGCGCACGCGGGAGCUAAGCGAGGAGGAGCUCUCGGCUCUCAGGUCUGAGGUGGAGAAGUACAUGGUGGAGGGAGAUUUGAGGCGGUUCACGUCGUUGAACAUCAAGCGACUGAAAGACAUUCAGUGCUAUCGGGGCCGGCGGCACAUCAUGCAACUGCCCUGCAGAGGACAGAAGACGAAGACGAACGCUCGUACCAGGAGAGGCAAGAGGAUGGCUAUCGCUGGAAAGAAGAAGGCACCACGGUAGACUGGGGGUGGGAUUCUGCGAAGGGGAUUAAUCAAUCUUUCUGGCGUUCUUUCAUAUCCAUAUUUGGUAUGUCGUGUUACGUUUGGUGAAAUGUGAAGUAAUACAUGCUGUUCUUACACAUGCCAGGUUGGAUCUUAUCUGCAGACGUAUUUUUCCUAUAGAGAUCACAUGCUGUGCUAUCGGCGUGCCAUGCAAUU